ACCAACUCCUCCUCCAUUACCACAAAAGCCUGAUGUAUUAAUGCGACAUAGUGCAAGUGCAUCAGAAAUUUCUAGCAGGACUAGUUUGGAACAUUUAUCCAAAAAUAAUUUUUGUAAAGCUAUUAUAAAUGAACAUGCAGUAUUUUGCAUUUGUGAACAAAAAGUAUUACUUGAUAAAGAUUAUGAUAAUUCACGGCUUAAUGAACAUUCAAGAAGUUCAAGAUGUAAACUAAAUAAUAAAAAACAACAACUUGGUCUACCUGGUUUAUUUCCUAUUUUACCUAAUAAAAAGACAAAAAAUACUACUCCAGAACCAUUAUCACUAUCAUUAACAAACUUGACACCAAAUAUAUCAUGUUCUAAACUUAUCUUUGAACAAAUAAAGACAUAUAUUAAUUAA